AUGAUUAUAAAUAUCAUCCUAACCAUCAUUGCUGUUGCCGUUGCAUAUUCAAGGACCGAGGACCAGGGAUUUGUCUCUGCUACACUUUACGAGGGCAAAUGCUCAACCCAAAAGAAUUGGGCUCGCGGGUUGCAUUUAAUGAUCAAUAUACUCAGCACAAUUAUGCUGGCAGCCAGCAACUAUUGCAUGCAGUGCUUAAGUUCACCGUCACGCCAAAACAUUGAUGACCUGCACCCUCAACAAGAAUGGCUUGAUAUAGGAAUACCUAGUCUGAAGAAUCUCUUUUUCAUUGGCUUGAGAAGACGUGUAUUAUGGAUGGUGCUCUUGGUAUCCUCCCUACCAAUUCAUCUAAUAUACAAUUCUGCUGUCUUCUAUGCGUUGGGUACCAAUGAAUAUAAUGUCAUUGUUGCAUCGAGUGAUUUCGACUUCGAACGCCAACCAAACAAUGAUACAGAUUUUGCGAACUGCUUCGAAGACAACAUUGCUAUGAGCAUGUCGGAUUUUUACUCUGAAGAAUUCGAGAAGCUCGACACGCAAAAGUGCAAGGAUACCUAUGCUGUCGACUUCCUUGCUGGCAGAGGAAAUCUGAUUAUCAUUACCAACAAUUCGACAGUCGACAACAAAUCGCUACUAUUGGCUGACAGCCAGAAUGGGCCUUCGGGCUUUGCAAACAACCCGUUUGGAUGGAUGUGCGAGUAUUUGCGUUACGUCGACUUACCAAACCCGGAUCCAGGGAAUCAAAACUGCCAAAAAGGGUUUUUGAUCGGUGACUGGUCUGUGGUUGCCGAGCCUUGGACGUUCCCCUUGGUCAGCGCGACCGUGUUCACGAAUGAUACCUAUACUUUCAAUCAAGAAAACGUAUCGGAUUUUACAUGGGAUAAUCCCUUGAGUUAUAAGCCCAAUGACUUGAAGACCCUCCUGGACUUGAUGGCCCAAUAUCCCAAAGCAGAAGAGAUGCAAAGAUAUCUCGACGAUGCCAGUCACUGGAAUAACAGCGCCUGGGCGAGUAAUGUUACAGUCCAGCCAGCAGGGUCCGUAUGUGCCACACAUCCUUAUUCUAGCAUGGGCCAAGAGCCAUACAUGGUAGAUCACUGCCGAAGCCAAAAAAUUGAUGAAAAGUGCCAACUCGUUUUCAACCUCCCUAUUUGUCUUGCUGUCAUUUUUUGUAAUGCGGCCAAGGUCUUUUGCAUGUUCUUGACAGCUCACGAUGAAAGGAGAGAGAUACUCCUCACUGUCGGUGAUGCUGUGUCUUCCUUUAUGGACAAACCGGAUACGAUGACUGAGGGGAACUGCUUAUUGUCCAAGUUCGAUAUCACAAAAUCCUCUCAAUCAUCUACAACCCUCCAACCCGGCAAGAAGAGAUGGAUGAAAUCGGUCAGCAUUUCAUAUUGGGUGGGAACAAUCAGUCUAUGCUUUCUUCUUCUUGGGAUUUCGGGCUACCUUCUUAGGCUUACCAUCAUUUCACUAGCUUCUGCUGCCGAAGAAACCUCGAUUUCGAGUCUCUGGAACCUGGGUUUUGGCACUCCAUCAGCAAACGCAUUAAUGAAACUUUCGGAAUAUGGCUGGGAUGAUUCAACUCUAUCCGCGGUCUUGCUUGCAAACUGCCCACAAAUUCCAGUUUCAGUGGCAUAUUUCCUGUAUAACAAUAUACUAACCACCAUGCUUCUAGCUGCCGAGUAUGAUGGUUAUGCCCAACAACGCAAGUCUUUGCGUGUUUCCUGGCCGAAGGGGCACCAACGCUCGACCUACUACCUCACUCUUCCAUACAAAUAUAGUUUCCCUCUCAUGGUUGCCCACACGUUGCUACAUUGGCUUAUUUCCCAGAGCUUAUUCUAUGUGCAAGUCCUCCCAUUUGAUGCAAGGGGAAACCCUGUACCUGAAAAACAGCUGGUUGCUUGUGGGUACUCCCCCAUCGCCAUUAUCUUUGCCAUGUCCCUUGGGGGUCUGAUGGUUUGCGCCAUCCUCGGCAUGGGAAUGAAGUGUUACAAAACAAACAUCCCACUCGCCGUUAGUUGCAGCGCUGCCAUCAGCGCUGCCUGCCAUCCUCCGCCUGGUGGUGGCGAUCCACUCAAGCCCAUCAAGUGGGGUGAAAUCCCAGAACAAGCAGCCAGACUCGAUCCGAGAAUAAGCAGUGGGGAAGUAGAGACCGGCGAAGAGGAAAGAGCUCUACGCUCUUUAUCCGGUUUACGUCCAGAAUCCAGUCUUGAUAUUGGAAGGUACCACGAGCUCAGUACUGCGGAUGGGGAGAGGUCCUUGACCCUGGAUCUAAGUUGGCAGGGACAGGAAAGUCACGCAAGCCAGGUGCAGUUGUUGACUGGAGAGAAUGCUUCUUCUGAUGGAGGAGAGCAAUCUGAGGGGCACUGCAGCUUUUCUUCGCUUGAUGCUAUAGCACCUAGUCUUGGGCGUCCCUACGCUUGA